AUGGACACCUUCGUCACCCUCUUGGCAUCCUUCUUCGAGUCCGCGCCCCGUGAUGGGCCAGCGCCGCCGGUGCCCACGACGAACUCGAACCAUAACAACCCAUCCCCCAAUCUGUUCAUCUUCGGACCCUUCUUGCGCGCAGUGAGGAUUCGUUCUCACCGCGCGCGCUUGUACAUACCUCGUGCCUCGUGUUCCCCACCCUCCAUUCCUGCGACACAUCAUCCCCAUGCCGAUGACGCCGAUCGACCGCAUCCUUAUCUGAUCUGA